CUUCCGGGUUCAUACAGCACCCUCUUAAAAAUCAUUUAUUUGGGACACAGGAUGCAGGAUGCAGAAACGUGCAAGCCUAUAAUUAAUGCUGGUAGCAAACUGGUAAAACAAGGCUAGUCAGGAAUCACUUAUUUUGCUGAUUCAAAAUAAAGCCGAGAGCUCCACCAUUUCAUUGUGUUUGUGGAGCAUUUUCAAUCUGCAAGAUGACCAAGCUGAAGAAAUUUUCAGACGCUUUUUGGGGCACAGAGUUUUGCAGCACACUUGGUUUCGAUACAGUAUGCAGACGACUGAAAGAUGGAAGGCAGAUGGUCAAAGAUGUGGAAGAUUUUCUAAAACAGAGGGCUAAGAUUGAGGAAGACUACCAAAAGAAUUUAAUAAACUUGACGAAGAAAGCAGGAGGUGCAACUGAAAAUGGUACCCUAAGGGCGUCAUGGGAAGAACUGAAGUCUCGCACUGAAGCCAUGGCCAAUGCUCACUUAGAGUUUAGCCGGGAAUUAAAUAAAGAAGUGGAAAGAUUAAAUCAAUUCAUGACUAAACAAAAAGAUGAGAGAAAACAAGUGGAAGAUACCAUGAAAAAAGUCCAAACUAAUAAAAUUUCUUUGUACCAUAAGACCAUUCAGAGCAAAAAGAACUAUGAAAGCAAAUGUCGCAAUUGCGAUGAGGCUCAUGAACAAUAUCUCUCUCUGAAUAGUCAGCCAAAUAUACAAGCUAAGGAAAUACAGAAGUCAAAAACCAAAUAUGAAAAAGCUAAAACAGAACGGGACCAAGCAGAUCUUAUGUAUCGUAGUUCUAUUGACUCUUUAGACGGUGCUCGGAGGGAAUGGGAGAAAGAAAUGGAAUUGGCAUGCAAUGUAACACAAAAAAUGGAGGAGGAGAGAAUAGGUUUUUUGAGGAAUGAGCUGUGGAUGCAUAUAAACUUUAUCUCUCAGUUAUGUGUGGAAGUUGAUGAUCAUUGUGAAGUUGUUCGAUUGAGCCUAGAAAAGUGUGAAGAAGAAGCAGACAUUAUGGCCUUUAUUGAAGACAAGAAAACUGGGACACGUAGACCAGACCCAAUUGUAUAUGAGAGGUAUCAGCAGUCAUGGGGUGGAAAUGGAAACAGAGUGACAACAUUAAGCCGUCGUCCACCUGAGCCUCUUCCUGGUGAUAACCGCCACCAUGACUUUCGCACAAUGCCAAAUCCCAAGAGGCCGCCACCACCAGUAGGAGUAUCUUCAGCAACUUUCUUUGUUUCAGAAGGAACCGACUCAGGUGAUGGCUUGUAUGCUUCUGUAAAUGAAAUCUAUCCAGACAAACGCAAAACUUACCAAAUUAUCAAGAAGUUUGAAGCCAAGGACAAAGGCGAGAUCACAGUCCUUCAGAAUGAGAUAGUUGAGAUUUUGGACAGAAGACAGGGUUAUGUACACGGCAAAGUUUUAAACAGACCACAUGCUCACAACGUGAAAGGCUGGUUUCCAGCAGACUGUGUUUCUACUGAAGAAGUUUCACUUAUAUGAUUGUCUCUAAGCUUUGGUUUUAAUAACAGGCAUUAGGGUUUAUAGAUAAUUAUUUAAUGCUUUGAUGCAUGUAGAUAUGUCUUUCAGUUUAUUUAGCCUUAGUUUCAGAAACGACAAUGACCAACUUCCUCAUUUUUGAAUUUCAGUGGUGCCAACUUUUGUUGCCUAAAGUUCAAUGACAUUUGAUUUAAGUCUGCUACUCCAAUCCCACAUGUCAGACCAGUCUGUUAACUACUUUAUUUGUGCUUCUAUGGACCCACAAAAUCCAAAUGAUUGGGUGUGCCUCUGUGCUUGAAGGGACAACAACUGUUCCUUGGGCCAGAAAAUGGAUUUUCCUGGGGUAAACAACAUUUUUUCCCAAACUUCCUAAUGGUUAAUGGAUCUGUUCCAUCAUGCAAAGUUAGUCCCUUUCUUUUGUAAUAAUCUCUCAAGAGAUUGUUACAGAGGGUACCCAUCUGUGGAAGUCACCUUGUCCAAUGGCAAGCACAGAUUCCAGAAUAAUUGCGAUAACUGCCAUUUUGGUGGCAAGAUAGAAUUUAUUGUAUGUAUUUAUUGUGAAAUAUGGAUGUUAUAAGGAGAGUUGUUAUCCCUUUAAUGUGGUUAAAUCCAGACAAACUUGCUGUUGAUGGUCAGAGUCUAAUAAAUGAGCAUGAACAGAGGUUUUGAGAAUGAAGAAAAUUGGCACACGUAGGAUCUGAAGCUCUGGGUAAGUUAAUUGGACCCACAUCUCUGCAUAGACUGUAUAUCUAAUGAAGGAGUGCUAUUUAUAUAUUAUCUAAUAAGAUUGUCAUGAAUAAAGGUACCUUUAUGUCAUUUAUAUUACCAGAAGAAUGAAUGAGCCAGAUUUUUUUUUCUCUUUAGAAAAUCUGCGUUCGAAUUGAGGUGGAUAAUGUUAUUGUUUUCAGAAGAGCUAUCUUUUCUGUUAUGUUCUCUGUAAACUUUGAAAAAAAUCAAAUUUUUGGAAUAAUUCUAAAAUGUUCUUGUAUCGUGUAAUCAAUUAUUGAAAGAAUUGUUUAAAGUGGACAUCUCUUAUGAUGUGAUGCUUGUGAAAAAUUUCUGUUGAAGAAUUUUCAAUGCCAAAUGAGUCCCCAAAGCUCAUAUUAUUCUUAUUAAACCUUCAGGGUGUUGUUUUGUCAAAGAUUGACUUAAAUAUAGUUGAAUGUUUAUUACCAUUCAUUCAUAAUGUAUAAUUUAAAAGGAAGCAGGUAUAACCAUGCAACUAAAAAACAAAUAAUAAGAAAUGCUGGACAUUUUGUAGAUAAGUCAUUGAUGUAUAAGUAAUACUUAUGUUAUAAAGCAUUAAGAACACUGAAGAAUGUAUUAUUAUCAUGUAUAAUUCUGCUUAUCAUAAUGGUGCCAAGGUAUGUAUAUGUGAGUCAAAUAUGGCUCAUGAUGUGUGAUUGAUUUGUUGGUUAUGUCAAAACAGAUGUCUGAGAGAGAUGCACCAUAGCAUUAGGUUUUAGAAAAGCAACAAGCAUUACCAACUUGCUCAUCUGAAAGAAAAUUCCAAGCAAGGUGCACUGCAAUCAAUAAGAAAUCAAGGAGUAGUCAUUUGAAAGUUAUUAUACUGAUCCGUGGUCAUUUUAAUGUUAUAAGAUGCAUGUACAACAUGCAGUGUCAUAUCGAACAUUCAUAUAUGGAAUGGAUUUUUUAUACACUGUAUAUUUGGAAUAUUUAAACUAAUGUUUGUCCACAUUAUCCUUUUAUUUAUUGUUAAAAGCAUGCACUAGUGCAGAGGGAAAACUUUUGACAAAGUGCAAUUGUUAUGCAAGAAGUCAAAUGUCUCCUAAGUUUUUAUUUGAUAAUACUAUUAUUUCUUAAUUACAUUCCGACAUGGGUUUUGUUUUCUUUGAUUAUUCAAUUCAGUCAUGUUUAUUUGUUAUGGACAACUGUUUUCACUGUGGAAUGUGGAAUGCCCUUUUAUAUACACACAUCGUAAAGGCUGUACAUCUGAAACAUUUAAUUGGCCAAUUUUAUUUUAGUUAUUGCAUGAUUUGUGAUAUUUUGUAAUCAUUUGUAUCAAUUGCCCUGUAACAGCCAAAUUGUUUUCUGUUUUAGUCAAAAUUUUAGGGUUUUUUUU